AAUUUUGUUGAUUUAUAUUUUAAAAUCUAGUUUUUUGUUUUAUAUAAUUUAACAUUUUUCCAAUUGUAUUUUAAGCUUCUUGGGCAUAGAUCUAGAUCUAGAGGUCAACGACUGAGCAAACAUUUUUUUCCUGCCUAUGUGAAAUAACUGUAAAUUUGCAUUUAAUUAGGCUACUUUUUUUCUUUAAAGAUGACAAAGUUGGCAAUUGUUAUUGUUUUUAAGAAAGGAAAUUGUCUGCUAUUUAUUAAUUUUUUUACGGUAGUAGAUCUAGUAUUAUGUUACCGAUCUAGAGUUAGAGAUAUCUAAAUCUAGACUGAACAUUAAAAAUGAGACGUUCAGCUCGACUUCAGACUUCUAGUGGUACUAGAUCUGGUAAUGACACUAGUGUCAGUCAAUUCAAGUUACCAAUUCGACUACCAGCACGGUCAAGAGUAAGAGUAGUGCCUGACCCCGUCACUCCCGUGCCUGCUGCUCCCGUGGACAAGACUAAUAAAAGUACCUUAAUGCACGGCUUGGAUCAAUGCAGUAAAAAUGACUUAAAACGCAAUUCCAAACGUAAAAAAAGAACUGACACUGAUGAUGGUUCAAAAAGAUCUCGAUCUAGUGAUACUGAUCUUGAUAAUCAUAAUAUCAAUUUAAUCAAUAAUGAUGUGGAAGGUAAAGAAAACUCAAUAGUAAAAAAUAGUGACUGUGUAAACAGCUUAACUAUUUGGCCAUCAGAAACUGCUGACGUUGACUAUGAAGUUCAGACAUAUCAAAAGUUGAGAGAAGAAAAUCUCAAAGCUAAUCAACAAUUAUUUGCUAGCCUUGGUUUUGUCAAUAUCAAAUCAAUGAUUGAAACACCCAAGCAAAAAAACAAACCAUCUCAGAGAGGUUUAAUUUUGACAAAGGAGGCUAAGGAACCUAUAACUACAGAACUUAGACGUAGUUCGAGAAUAAAACGGAUUGACCCUCAAGGCACACCUUUACCAGAGGCAGUGGUGGAAGAUACUCGUGAACAUCGUCUUCCUUCAGGUCCCAUUUCAUUCAAGGAUACUCUUUAUUUAAAUAAAAAAGACAUCUCUGAAAUGGAAGCUUGUUUCUUUACAUCUCAAAUGAAUCAAUCAAAACCAGUUGAAAUCUAUCAAGAAUACUCAUACAAAAAAUUUGUUUCAACAUUGCAAAGUGUAAAUAUUACUGAAAAUCUUGUUGCAAAAGUUGUACCUGGAAGAGUUUUCUCUCUAGCGUGGCAUCCUUAUUCCGAAAUGCUGAUUUCUAUAGCGGGAGACAAAUAUGGCCAUGUAGGCUUAUGGAAUGUUAAAACGCAAGACAGUAGUGAUAUGGUGACAGUAUUUAAACCUCAUACAAAACCAGUUAGCCAUGUAGCCAUUUCCCCAUUUUUAACCCACAAGUUGUAUUCUUGUAGCUAUGAUUCAACGCUCAGAUGUGGAGACUUUGAGAAAUGUAUCUUUGAUGAAAUAUUUUCAGUUCCAGAGGAGCAGGAUGAUCUUUUUAGAAAUUUUGAUUUUGUUGAUUCCUGUAACACAAUGUUAGUUUCACAGUAUAGUGGCAAUGUGUCAUUGGUUGAUAUUAGAUCCCCACAGACAGAUGCUGAGCAUGUAUACCAAGUAAGCAAAAAAAGUCUUCGCUCAGUAAGUGUCAAUCCAGUUCAACCUCACUAUUUCAUUAGUGCUGGAAAUGACACUUUGAUCAACCUAUGGGAUUUGCGAUUUAUAAAACCCAAAUCAGCUAAGCCAAUUCAAAUGCUUCAUAACCAUUCAAAAUCAGUUUCCAGUGCCUACUUCUCCCCAACUGGUCAUAAAAUACUGUCCAGCUCUGCAGACAAUACUAUCAUACUUUACAGAGUUGAUGAAAGCAUGACUAUUGAACUUGAGAAAUCAAUUAAACACAAUAAUAAUACUGGCAGGUGGCUUACAAAGUUCCAACCAAAAUGGCAUCCCAUAGUGCAGGACAUUUUUGUCAGUGGUUCCAUGAAUCGCCCACGAGAAAUUGAAGUUUUUGAUUCCAAGGGAACAUUGUUAAGAGCUUUGACCAAUGAAGAUCAUUUAUCCUCUGUAUGCAGUUUAAAUGUGUUUCAUCCAAAUCAGCUUUGCACACUUGUUGGUGCUAAUGCAAGUGGUAGAUUGUUUGUUUUUAUGUAAUAGGCUUUUUUUCUGUCUAACUUUUGUAAGAUAGAAACAUUUGGAUUGCCAAUAAUGCCUACUGUUGUUUAUUUAAAUCUAUUUAAACUAAGGUAGUCAAGUUUUUCUAAUCUUCUAUGUGCAUGGAUUAAUUUCGUAACUUUAGUAUUUUACAUCAUAAUUUUAAAGCUGUUAACUGUUUUUUACUUCUAGUUAAUUUAAUGCUUUUCUACAAUAUAAAACAAAAUGUGUUACAAUUUUUAAAGAUAAUCUAAGUUUUUCUACAAUAUAAAAGAAUAUUUUUGAAUUUGUGUUAUAAAUUGUAAGAGCUUGGCUGCUUAAUGAGUUAAGUUACAUUUUAAAAUAUAGAAUUAAUUAAAAUUUGAUAGAAUUAUUAUACUAAAAAAAAUGAAUCUAUUAUUUUGAAAUAAUUUUUUAUUUAAUUUUGUCCUUGUUUUGCCAUUAGGGGACUUUUUAAAAUUUUUACAAUGUUUAUAUUUAUAUCUUACCAUACUUCUUUUUUUAAAUGUCAAAAUCUGUGUAGGGAAAAGCUAAUAGAUGGAUACUUCAGUUAUUGUUACAAAAUGUACACCUGAAAAAUCACAAUUAGCUCAUGAAAAGAUAUCUGACAUUAAUUUAAUUUACUUAAAUAUUGCUUCUUUUUACAUUUGGAUUUAAAUUAUAAAGAAUAUGUGUUCAAAUGUAUCAUCAGGGGAGAUGAUCUGUUGUAUCAAGAUAUGUAUCCCAUAAAAAUCACUAUCUCCCUCCCCUAAAAGAAAUAUGAAUGUGCAGGACCUUUGUAGAGCCAACAAUUUGAAUCAUUUGCUACACAAUUUUAGCUAAAUUUUAUUAAGAAUAUUUAAAUAGUUUAAUUUUUUUUUCAUUAAAUUGACUGCCAUGCAA